UCCCGUUGGUGUCGGCACUCUGGUGUUUUCUCGAUUUUGGCGGGCCGAGUCGUGAACGGAUCGCUCUGUUUUCUCUGCUCCUCUGUUAUCUCUCGAUUUACGAACUUACGAAGGAUAAAUGAUGGCAGACAAGGACGGAGGAGAUUUAAGCGCCGCUGUUUGUUCAGAGGGCUUUGACGACGCCGUGGAGGAACGUAUUAUCAAUGAGGAAUAUAAAAUAUGGAAGAAGAAUACACCGUUUUUAUACGAUCUUGUGAUGACACAUGCUUUGGAAUGGCCUUCUUUAACAGCUCAAUGGCUACCCGAUGUUACCAGACCUGAGGGAAAGGAUUAUUCAAUACACAGGUUAAUUUUAGGCACUCACACUUCAGACGAACAGAAUCAUUUGCUCAUCGCCAGCGUCCAGCUGCCGAAUGAAGAUGCCCAAUUUGAUGCGUCUCAUUAUGAUAAUGAGAAGGGUGAAUUUGGUGGGUUUGGUUCUGUGAGUGGCAAAAUCGAGAUCGAGAUUAAGAUUAAUCAUGAGGGUGAAGUUAACAGAGCACGAUUCAUGCCACAAAAUCCAUGUGUAAUCGCAACAAAGACUCCCUCGAGCGACGUGCUCGUAUUUGAUUACACCAAACAUCCUAGUAAACCGGAUCCCAAUGGAGAAUGUCAUCCGGAUUUGAGAUUGCGAGGACAUCAAAAGGAAGGCUACGGACUUUCGUGGAACCCAAAUCUCAACGGAUAUUUACUUAGCGCAUCUGAUGAUCACACAAUUUGCUUGUGGGACAUCAAUGCUACACCUAAGGAAAAUCGUGUUAUCGAUGCGAAAACUAUCUUUACAGGGCAUACAGCCGUGGUUGAAGACGUUGCUUGGCAUCUGCUCCAUGAAUCAUUAUUUGGUUCGGUUGCUGAUGAUCAAAAGCUCAUGAUCUGGGACACUAGAUGCAACAAUACUAGUAAACCAAGUCAUACUGUUGAUGCUCAUACUGCGGAGGUAAACUGCUUGAGUUUCAAUCCGUAUUCUGAAUUUAUAUUGGCUACUGGCAGUGCUGAUAAGACAGUGGCACUUUGGGAUCUACGAAAUCUUAAAUUGAAGUUACAUUCAUUUGAAUCACACAAGGAUGAGAUCUUCCAGGUUCAAUGGUCACCACAUAAUGAAACUAUACUAGCAAGCAGUGGCACAGAUAGACGAUUACAUGUUUGGGAUCUUAGCAAGAUCGGCGAGGAGCAGUCCAGCGAAGAUGCUGAAGAUGGACCGCCCGAACUUCUGUUUAUACAUGGAGGUCAUACUGCAAAAAUAAGUGACUUUUCAUGGAAUCCGAACGAACCAUGGGUCAUAUGCUCUGUAUCGGAGGAUAACAUAAUGCAAGUAUGGCAAAUGGCGGAGAAUAUCUACAACGACGAGGAACCCGAGACACCCGGAAGUGAGAUUGAAACUGGUGGUUCAUAACGCGAAAUCUAAUUUAUCAAAUUGUUUUGAGCUAUUGUCACUCCCCAACUAGAGAUCCUCAAGUAAGAGAUCAGACACUACAUAUAUGUUUGAUCCGCUCUUUUUUAAAAAUCUGCUUAAGAUACAUUGAGAUAGAUUAUACAUAAAAUAGAAUCAGAUAUCCUUGCAUCUUUUAUCUGCAGCUAUCUCAUUCUGUCUUAAGCAGGUCCUGAAAAAUAUGGUGGACCAAUCAGAAAUUAUCUAAACGGUGUCCAAUCUCUUACUUGAGGAUCUUUAUCCCCAACUGAGCAUAAGCGCACCCUAGUUGCGCCAUGUUGUUGAACAUCUCGAUGUAACGAGCAUAAAGACAUUCCUUUUCACCGAGAAACAAUAAUUCUUGCUUUUUAUCAUUCGAUCGUAUAAAUUAUACAAAAGAUGUAAAUAACAAA